AUGGAAGCAUACGGCGCCUGUGUCUACAUCGUGUGCAGUGGACAGUCGCAGUUGCUUUGUUCAAAGUCAAGGGUUGCUCCCUUGAAGACACUCACCGUGCCCAAGCUGGAGCUUUGUGGAGCCGAUCUCUUGUCUAAGCUCAUCUCAGAAGUAGCUGGCACCAACGUAUUUAAGGGACAGUAUUAUUGUUGGAGUGACUCUGCGGUUGCGCUGUCCUGGAUCCGAGACGAGCCCUCCAGGUUCAACAUGUUUGUGGCAAACCGAGUUGCUGCCAUCCAAGAGCGAACCGAUUCGAUGGAGUGGCGUUACGUUCCAACUUCUUUGAAUCCGGCUGACAUUCUCUCCCGAGACCCAAGAUUGACUGGCCUCCCCCAAUCCUUGCUGAGAAGUCAACACUUGAGCUUCGUCGAAAGGUCCUGCUAA